AUGUCUUCUGGGGUUUCAGAGAAGGUGCUGGUGGAGUACUGUAAGGCCCCCAAUGGCCUUGAGAAGGUUGUUCUCAAAGAGCUUCGCGGCUCUUCGGCUGAGAUGCUUCAGCUCAAGAAAAAGUACAGUUAUACGGUAGUUUAUAUGACCAUGUUGGCUUCUAUAUAUUUGUAUGGAGCCCAAGUUUCAUCAUGGAAAAAUGAACAUGGGGAAGAAUUGCUUUUCAUGAGUAGUAAGGCUACAUUUAAGUCUCCUAAGGCUAUCCGUGGUGGAAUUCCGAUCUGUUUUCCACAAUUUGGAAAUCUUGGUUCUCUUGAACAACAUGGAUUCGCUAGGAAUAGGUUUUGGAGUAUUGAUCAAGAUCCACCGCCUCAUCCAACAAAUAGUGGCAACAAAGCUUGCAUUGAUCUGAUCCUGAAGACCUCUGAAGAGGAUUCAAAAUUAUGGCCUCACAGAUAUGAAUUUCGACUCAGGGUGACCCUGGGACCUGGAGGAGAUUUAAUGUUGAAUUCCCGCAUUCGAAAUACAAACACUGAUGGAAGGUCGUUUACAUUCACAUUCGCUUAUCACACCUAUUUGGCUGUAACUGAUAUAAGUGAAGUGCGAGUAGAAGGACUAGAGACACUGGAUUAUCUAGAUAACUUGAAGGAUAGAGAGCGGUUUACUGAACAAGGGGAUGCCAUAACAUUUGAAUCAGAAGUGGACAAAGUUUAUCUUGGCACACCUACAAAAAUUGCUAUUCUGGACCAUGAAAGAAAGAGAACAUUUGUCUUGCGAAAGGAUGGACUUCCAGAUGCUGUUGUUUGGAAUCCAUGGGAUAAGAAAGCAAAGGCGAUUCCUGAUUUUGGAGAUGAUGAAUACAAGCAUAUGCUCUGUGUCCAGGCUGCUUGUGUGGAGACGCCUAUUACUUUGAAACCCGGUGAAGAAUGGAGAGGAAGGCAGGAGCUGUCUGCUGUUCCUUCAAGUUACUGUAGUGGAAAACUUGACCCAGAUCAGGUGAACGGAUGAUCAUAAAUCCAUAUCAGGCAGUUUCUGGAUAUUAGAUGUGGCAGUUGUUUUCGUUGGAGUGCAGAUUCAUCAUCAUUCAUCAGCAUCAUUGUCUAUAUCCACUUCAAUGGAUAUUCAUUGGUGUAGGAACAUGAAGAAGGCAGUUAAAGGAAGGUUAGUUGAUAUCUUGUGAAUGUAUAGUGGACUUGCUACUGAAGAAAUGAAGAUAAAAAAAAAAGGCCUUUUGGCCCCUUAUCCCCGUGCUCCUUUCUCUUCCAUAAGCUUCUUCAAACAAUUUUAUUAUUUCGUGUUGAUUAUCUCUUGCUUGUUUUUGGAUUAGUAAUAAUUAGCAUAGCACCCAAGCUCCUUUGAGUCCUUUUUUCUCUUCCAUAAGCUUCUUCAAACAAUUUUAUUCUUUCGUGUUGAUAAGAUGACUUGUAAAUCUCUUGCUUGUCUUUGGAUUAGUAAUAAUUAGCAUAGCAACCAUAGUUGAGAAGUUUUUUGA